AUGGAUACCUCCACGGCAUCCCUUCGGCGUCGCUCGUUGCGCGAGUCUUCUGCCCUCUGCCGGGCUUGCUCGUUGCCGAACUCGGGUGUCUGCGGCAACGGCUCGCCGCCAAACGCGGGCGUUUUCGGACUUGGAGCGGCACUGAACACAGGCGUUCUUCGCGUGCGUGCCGUUGCGGCCGGCGAGACGCACAGUCGCGGCAGCGACAAGCUCGGAGGACGCACCGUCUCGGGGAAGGGACGAGCAGCAGGGGUGGGAAGCAGGGGAGCAGAGCUGCCUUCUGCAGACAACGAGGGCGCCGCGGUCCGACCUGACAGCAUAGUGGAGGGAUUUUGUCAGGUGGGCUGGAAGCGGCAAAACUCCAGUCCAACCCUGAGACGAGGGAUGGAGGCCUGCCCAACAGCGAAGAGCCGCCAGACAUCAAGGCAACGGCUCUUCCUGGGCAGGAGGGCAAAGGAAAGGGAGGAAACGAAACACCAGCCGGAGCGCAGCACGGUGCGUCGAGCUGCGCCGGCAGACGAGAAUGUCCCCGCGAAUGGGGACGAGCACGCACAACACCAACAGAGGGGAUCCACCGAGGUGGGAGGAAGUCUGAAUAGAGGAAGUUGA